AUGAAUUCCUCAUUUCACCCGCAUUUUUUGGAUUUCCACUUGAACACCACAGAGGGUAACCUGUCAGGACCAAAUGCCAAGAACAAGUCUUCACCAUGUGGGGAUAUGGGCAUUGCAGCAGAGGUGUUCCUCACUUUGGGGCUCAUCAGUCUCUUAGAGAACAUCUUGGUCAUCAGUGCCAUUGUAAAGAACAAGAACUUGCAUUCACCCAUGUAUUUCUUUGUUUGCAGUUUAGCAGUAGCUGACAUGCUGGUGAGUGUGUCCAAUGCCUGGGAGACCAUCACUAUAUACUUAAUAAAUAAUAAGCACCUCGUGAUAGCAGAUGCCUUUGUGCGGCAAAUCGACAAUGUCUUGGAUUCCAUGAUCUGCAUUUCCGUGGUGGCCUCCAUGUGCAGUUUGCUGGCCAUUGCUGUGGAUAGGUAUGUCACCAUCUUCUAUGCCCUGCGCUACCACCACAUCAUGACAGUAAAGCGUUCUGGGGUGAUUAUUGCCUGCAUCUGGACCUUCUGCACAAGCUGCGGCAUUGUUUUCAUCAUUUACUAUGAAUCCACUUAUGUCAUCAUUUGCCUCAUAGCCAUGUUCUUCACUAUGUUGUUCCUCAUGGUGUCUCUCUAUAUACAUAUGUUCCUCCUGGCACGGACUCACACACAGCAGAUAGCAGCUCUGCCGGGAUUUGAUUCUGUGCGGCAAAGGACCAGCAUGAAAGGCGCAGUCACCCUGACCAUGCUUCUGGGUGUUUUCAUCGUGUGCUGGGCUCCAUUUUUCCUCCAUCUCAUUUUGAUGAUUUCUUGUCCCCAGAACCUCUACUGUUCUUGCUUCAUGUCUUACUUCAACGUGUACCUCAUACUCAUCAUGUGUAAUUCAGUGAUUGAUCCUCUGAUUUAUGCCUUCCGCAGCCAAGAGUUGCGGAAGACCUUUAAAAAGAUUGUGUUGCCAUGA